AUGGAUUCUACAGCCAAUGCACCGAGGAAGGUGAAAUUCGCACCCAAAGCUCCUCUCAAGAAAGAACAAAAAGCUGUUUUGCCUAAAGUUGAAAAGCUCGAAAAUGAUAUUGAUACUGCUAAGGCACAGGAUUUGUUACGCCGCUUCAAUGAAUCAUCUACAAAGGCAAAGCCUAAUUUUGAAAGGAAAGUUGGGGCUACUAAAGUUGCAUUUGGUUAUGGAGGUUCCUCAACUUCCCUCAAGCCAUACGGUGCUGCAAAGCAUAUUAACAAGAAACUGGGAUCGUCUUCUGAUGGUGGGAAUGAUGAGCAGAGAGUGGAGAAAGAGUACAAGGAACCAUGGAACUAUUAUUCCUAUUAUCCUUUACAGCUUCCCUUAAGAAGGCCAUAUUCAGGAAAUCCAGAACUCCUAGAUAAAGAAGAAUUUGAGGACGAUUUGGCAAGAUCAAUUGACAAUGAAUACGCAACAAAUCCAUCUCUAAGGCUUGGUCUAAUGGAGGAGAAUCUGGAGGAUAGCAUGUUCUUUGUUCAGUUACCAACAGCUUUGCCUAUGACAAAGCCAUGCGAUAAUGUAGAGGGCAGCAAGCAGCAGGGGAGCAUUGCCAAUCCCAUGAAAGGUGCACGGCCAUCUCAAAAACCAUGUGGUAUGGAAGCAUUACCAGCAGGCUUUAUGGGUAAAAUGUUAGUAUACAGGAGUGGUGCUGUGAAGUUGAAGCUUGGUGACACACUAUACGAUAUCUCUGCAGGUUUGGAUUGUGCGUUCGCUCAGGAUGUUGUUGCCAUCAAUACAGAAGAGAAACAUUGUUGCAGUGUGGGUGAACUCAGUAAGCAAGUUGUUAUAACCCCUGAUGUAGACUCCAUCUUAGAUAGUAUGUCUGAUUUAUGA